AUGGCGCCUCCUACCCCCCAAGUAUCGGCCAGCACCGCCACGCCAGCUGGUAGGCUCUUGGGCACAGUUAGGCGCACCUUCGGCACGACCUUGCUCAGCGGGCAGGAUUUGUCCAUCGGAAAAUCCACCAAGGAGGAGCUGUCCGUACUUCGUGACGCCCUGGCUGGAGCGGAGCAGCGUGAGGCGGACGCCCUGUACAGGGAGGAGCAGGCUCGGCAGCUGGCGGAAGAUGCUCGGCAGAUGGCGGAAGACGCCCGGAAGGGUGAGGUGGCAGCACGGCAGGACCUGGCGCAGGCCUUGGAAUGGCCCCCUGUGCCGCCAGCUAUGUCUUCCACCCCGCCGCGCUACAUGCAAGAGGUGGGAGUGCAAGUCCAAUGGAAGUCGAGGUCUGAAUCCGAGAGCUUCGAGUCCGAGGAGGCCGACCCUGAGUCGCCACGGUCAUCCCAGCCUCCGGCGGUGCCUGAAGGCAAUGUGCAGACAUGUGCAGACAAGCUGUUGACUGGUAGAUCUGAGAAGCCCUUUCUAUUGGCUCCUGCGUGGAUGAUCGCGGUCGUCAAUUUCGCAGGUUGCGGUGCGUGCUGCCUGCUGCUUGACAGGCCCUUCGUGGAGGUGGUGGAUGCUUCGCGCUGCGCUGCACUCCACCAGGACAGCGCAGUGCAGGGCCUUUCCUCCCUCCUCAGGCUGCGGCCGGGGGAGCUGGCCUUGCGCCGCCUGCGCCUCGCGGGCGCCCGAGGCCUCGGGCGGCCCUCCGUGCUGGCUCUGCAAAGACUGGGCCUCGUGCGCUUCGCCUUUCCCGCGGCGCGCGCCGAACGCGGCGCUUUGCUGUUGAGCCGGCCCCUUUUCCCAGCGGCUGGCUGCCAGCCGGAACUGGUCAGGUCGGUCAUCCUCCUCGUGAGUCACACGAAGGAUGGAUCCGUGGGUCUGGUGCUGAACAAGCACUGCAAGCUGCAAGUGGAGGACCUUGUGUGGAGCACGGCGCCGUACUCAGCAGACAUGCAGAAUCAGCCCGUGGCCUAUGGAGGAUCCUGGGACUCGGGCCUCUUUCUCCUCCACGCGCAGCCACCAGAGGCGGAGCUCGGCGGUGAGGAGCUGCUUCAAGGUGUGUUCGUGAGCUCGGACGUGAAGUCCUUUGCUCGUGCGAAAGACUUGGCCAGAUGGAAGCGACUCCAUUCCACGGAGCUGUGUUGGUUUUUCGGCUGCUGCCGAUGGCCGCCGGGAGAGUUGGAUGCCUCCUUGCGGGAUGGCUACUUCUACGCAGUCCACUGCGAUCCUCGCUUUCUCUGCCCUCCGCUCGCGGAGCCCGCUGAGCUCUGGGCGGAGUUGACCGCGGGCUUCCGGCAGAUUCCUCCGACCCACAGCGGGUCGGGGCCUGUGAGGUGGCGUGAAGUCUUCCCUUCCUUCGAGCGUUUCGAGGUUUUUCCUAGGUCCAGCGGCAACCCAGGUGGUCUGCAAGAGUUGCCUCCGGGCCAGCGCGUCAGCGACCUGAAGAAUCAGUAUGAGACCAUGAGCCGGCAGUCGGGCGCCUCGCGGCCACUCGUUCCCGCAAGCCCAGCCCGCGACAGCUGGGGUCGGGUGAUGACACCGCGCCCGGGUCCCCACGCGCAGGAAGUCUAUGUCUCCCCUGACCUGGAGCACAGACUGGUUAGCCGCGGAUCUCCAGGGCGAAGCAGCGAGGUGUCGGAUUCGCGCCGCCAGAGCUUGGAGGAAAGCAGCUUGGUCGAACACGAAGCCGAGCAGCAGAACCAUGAGGAAAGCAGGGUGGUGGAACAUGAAGCCGGGGAGCGUCACCAGGAGGUGUGCGAAGAAGAAGCCCAGCACCUGCGGGUCCUUCCUGAGAAGGGCGAAGGAGAGGGGUCCGAGGAUGCUGGAGAGGAAGCAGAGAAGGGAGGAGGAGAUUCGGAGGGGGAGGAGGAGGAAGGUGAGGAGGUAGACGAGGAAGCGGUGCCGGAUGUAGGUAAUACGUCGGCAGAGGUGGGGGAUGAGGCUGCGGAGCAGUCGGAGGUGGCAGAUCCUGAAGCUGGGGAGGGGAUUGAGGCGCAUGAGCACGAGGGCGAUGGCGAGCGUUCGAAGGUGGAGGAGGAGGAGGAACCGGAUGAGGAGGAGGACGAGGAGGAGGAGCGUCCGAGCCACGCUGAAGCCAUUGAUGUCCCGGAUGACGUCGAGGAGGUUGGGGAAGACGUGGCUGACUCCCAUGGCCCUGCUGAGGAAGAGAGCAUCAGACUUUCAGACCCGAAGGUCCUUCCUGCGAAAACCGAGGGCUCCGAGGAUGCUAAGAAGGAAGCAGAGAAGGAAGGAGGAGAUGAGCGGGAGGAGGGGGAGGAGGGGGAGGAGGAAGGCGGGGAAAGCGAGGAGGCGGAGGAGGAAGCAGUGCCGGAUGUGGAUAUGUCGGCAAAGGUGGUGGAUGAGGCCGGGGAGGGGUCGGAGGUGGCAGAUCCCGAAGCUGAGCAGGGGAUUGAAGCUCAUUUGAACCAGGGCGGUGGCGAGCAUUCGGAGGCGGAAGGGGAGGAGGAGAAGUCUGCCAGCGAGGCCGACGCCAUUGAAGUCCCUGGCGACAUCCAAGAGGACCAGCAGUCAACUGAGCAGCCUCCGCAGAUUGUCAUUCAGGCUGUUCCAGCCGUGUCCCAAGCGAUCCAUCUUCAUGUCGGGGAAGACGCGGCUGACCCUGAUGGCCCCUCUGAGGACCAGGAGGCGCGCGACAUCCGCGAAAUCCAAGACGUGUUUGGAGCGGAUCUGGAGGAAGAGAUGCGGCGUGGUGAUGUGCAUGAAAGGGAAGCGCAGGCCUCAGAUGAUGUGCCUCCCGACGCCAGCUCGGUCCAGCUGGCUCCGCAGUCUCCGGUGCAGAAGGCGCUGGCCACAGAGGAUGCUGGACCUGAGGACUUGGAUGAUGUGCCUUCCGACGCUAGCUCGGUCCACCUGGUUCCACAGUCUCCGGUGCAAAAGGCGCUGGCCACAGAGGCUGCUGGACCUGAGGACUUGGAUGAUGUGCCUUCCGACGCCAGUUCUGUCCAUCUUGUUCCACAGUCUCCGGUGCAAAAGGCGCUGGCCACAGAGGAUGCUGGACCUGAGGACUUAGAUGAUGUGCCUUCCGACGCCAGCUCGGUCCAUCUGGUUCCACAGUCUCCGGUGCAAAAGGCGCUGGCCACAGAGGCUGCUGGACCGGAGGCCUCUGGUGAUGUGCCUUCCGACCUCAGCUCGGCGCAUCUGGCUCCGCAGCCUGCGGUGCAACAGGCGCAGCCUGUCGAGAACCAACGUGGAACCCGACAACGAGGAGGCUUUUCCUCUUUCCUUUCCGACUGCCGCGGAGGCGCGAGUCGGCUGGAGGGCGAGCCAAAGCAGGAGGAGGAAAGCAGCGCGGUCGAACAUGAAGCCGAGGAGCAGCACCAGGAGGUGCGUGAACAAGAAGCGCAGGACCUUCGGGUCCUUCCUGAGAAGGGCGAAGGCGAGGGCUCCGAGGAUGGUGGAGAGGAAGCAGAGAAGGGAGGAGGAGAUUCGGAGGGGGAGGAGGAGGAAGGUGAGGAGGUGGACGAGGAAGCGGCGCCGGAUGUAGGUAAUGCGUCGGCAGAGGUGGUGGACGAGGCCGCAGAGCAGUCGGGGGUGGCAGAUCCUGAAGCUGAGGAGAGGAUUGAGGCGCAUGAGGACGAUGGCGAUGGCGAGCGUUUGGAGGCGGAGGGGAAGGAGGAAGCGGAAGAGAAGUCUCCCAGCGGUGCCGAAGUCGUUGAAGUCCCCGAUGCAGUCGAGGAUGUCACUCAGGCCAUUCCAGUCGGGGAAGAUGUACUUGACUCCCACGGUCCAGCUGAAGAGGAGGUGGACGGCGAGGAAGAUCUGGAGGACAGGGAUGCCAAGGACGAGGAGGCGCGCGACAUCCGGGAGAUCGAAGACGUGUUCGGAGCGGAUCUGGAGGCUACGGAAACCAGCAAGUGCGCCACCCCUGUCAUCGCCGAGGCAGAGAUGCGGCAAGGUGAUGUCCACGAUGAGGAAGCGCAGGUCUCAGAUGAUGGACCUUCCGACACCAGCUCGGUCCAUCUGGUUCCACAGUCUCCGGUGCAAAAGGCGCUGGUCACAGAGGAUGCUGGCCUUGAGGCAGAGGUGCGGCAUGGUGAUGUCCACGACGAGGCCUCAGACGAUGCGCCUUCCGACGCCAGCGCAGUCCAUCUGGUUCCACAGUCUCCGGUGCAAGAGGCACAGCCCCUCCAGCGUGGAACCCGACAACGAGGAGGUUUUUCCUCUUUCCUUUCCGGCCAUGGAGGUACGAGCCGGCUGGAGGGCGAGCCAAAGCAGGAAAGCAGCGUCGAACAUGAAGCCGAGGAGCAGCACCAGGAGGUGCGAGAACACGAAGCACAGGACUUGAGGGCCCUGCCUGAGAAGGGCGAAGGCGAGGGCUCCGAAAAUGCUGGAGAGGAAGCAGAGAAGGGAGGAGGAGAUGGAGAGGAGGAGGGGGACGCAGGCGAGGAGGUGGACGAGGAAGCGGCGCCGGAUGUAGGUAAUGCGUCGGCAGAGGUGGGGGAUGAGGCUGCGGAGCAGUCGGAGGUGGCAGAUCCUGAAGCUGAGGAGAGGAUUGAGGCGCACGAGGACGAGGGCGAUGGCGAGCGUUUGGAGGCGGAGGGGAAGGAGGAAGCGGAAGAGAAGUCUCCGAACGAUGCCGAAGUCAUUGAAGUCCCCGAUGCAGUCGAGGAUGCCAUUGAGGCUCUUCCAGUCGGUGAAGAUGUUGCCGAGUCCCGUGGCCCAGCUGAGGAGGACGAGGAGGCGCGCGACAUCCGGGAAACCGAAGACGUCUUCGGAGCGAAUCUGGAGGCUGCGGAAACCGACAAGUGCGCGACCCCUGUCAUGGCGGAGGCACUGGCCACAGAGGAUGCUGCACCAGAGGCCUCCGAUGAUGAUGCGCCUUCCGACGCCAGCUCGACGCAUCUGGUUCUACAGUCUGUGGUGCAACAGGCGCAGACCCUCGAGAAGCACCGUGAAGGCAUCCGCGGUGACCCCAAGCAGGAGGACGCCGAGGGCCUGCCCGAGAACUUGCGCCCGCUCUCCGCAGAAACUCCAGCUGAGGCAGAAGACCCCGCAGAGCACUUCUGCCCCACAUCUGCAGAUCCUCCAGCGGAGGACGCCGAGGGAGCGCCCGAGAACUUGCGUCCGCUCGCAGAAUCUCCGCCUGAGGUCGAGGAUGCCGCAGACAACCUCUGUCCCACGUCUGCAGACGCUCCAGUCGAGGAUGCCGCAGACAGCCUCUGUCCCACGUCUGCAGACGCUCCAGCAGAGGACGCCGAGGGCGCACUCGAGAACCGUCCGCUCUCCGCAGACACUCCGGCUGAGGCCGAGGACACCGAAGAGUGCCUCUGCGCUGCCACUGCAAAUGCUCCAGCGCAGGACGCCGAGGGUGCGCCCGAGAACUUGCGCCCGUUUGCAGAAUCUCCGCCUGAGGUCGAGGAUGCCGCAGACAACCUAUGUCCCACGUCUGCAGACGCUCCAGCAGAGGACGCCGAGGGCGCGCUCGAGAACCGUCCGCUCUCCGCAGACACUCCGGCUGAGGCCGAGGACACCGCAGAGUGCCUCUGCGCUACCACUGCAAAUGCUCCAGCGCAGGAUGCCGAGGGCGCGUCCGAGAACUUGCGUCCGCCCGCAGAAUCUCCGCCUGAGGAGCCCUCGAAGCCCUCCUCGGAGAGCCGGUGGGAGCGGAUGGCCCGGGACAUGCGCAAGGAUACGCCGCCGCAGCCAGCGCUGGGGCAGGUGGCUGCAGAACCAGAGGACCAUGCCGAAGCAGACUGUCAGUCGAGCACAAGCAGCUCUGAUCUACAAGCUGCAAUGCUGGAGGCCUUCCUGAAGGCUCCACCCGAAGAACUUCAUGGAUCCUGGAGAGGCGACAGCGUCUCUCCUCGCAGCAGGGCGCAGUCGGCGAAGCUCUGGCACCACAUCAGGUCGAAUCCGCUGCCGCCACCGAACCCGGAGGACAACUGGGAGCUCUCUUCCCAGGGCGACUUAGACAUGGACGAGGAGGAGCGUGAGCUCCACUUGAUGAAGCUGCGAGAAGCGAAGCGUAGUCCGAGGUGGUGCAAAAACUGCGAGGACCUUGUACUGAUGCAGAGGGACUGGGAUCCAGACCAGGUAUUCGGCGCACGAGUCCCCGAAUGCAACCUCGAGCAGAUCUUGCCGGACAAGCUGUACCUCGAGCAGAAGACGCAUCGCUCGUACAAGAAGCGAAGACGGUCGUCUGGGAACUGGGCGAAGGACGGCUUGAAGGAUGAAGAAGCCAGAGAGUACCGGGAACAGAUGGGCCACCGAAAGGCUUGGCUGCUAGAUGUGGAGGCGCUCUCCUCAGCAGCCCGCUCGCGCCAGGAAGGCGCCUUCAAGGGCCAAGAAGAGGAUCUCUCGACAGCUGUGCCCGAAGGCUCCACGGCGAGCCCCGAAGAGGAUCUCUCAACGGCUCCACCUGAAAGCUCUCCGACGGAAAUGCCGCAAGGCGCUGCGCUGGAUUCGGAGUGCCAUCGCCCGAAGGAAGCACUAGCUCCAGCUGAAGGACCUUCGAAGGAGACGCUGAGCGGAAACUUCGCUCACUUUGACCGGCCUUUGUGCACACUUGAUGCCUUCUUGCCCUUCAGCAGAAGCAUCGACAGCAGCCUCUCAUGGAAGCUGGCCUAUAGACAUGACAUUGAGCUGGUGCAGAGCUGCCGGCCCUUUGAAGCCGUGCCUGUCCUGAGCGCCUCCACCGAGGGCUCCUUGGCCCUCUGCGACCUCCGCCGCCUCGGCGCAGGGCCUCUGGCUCGCGCUGCGACCUGCAAGGAGGGGGAGGAGUGCAGCCGACCUCCCACCUCCGCUGGAGCAGCACACACGGAGGAGGCUGUGGGCCACGGCGACGCCGUUGAAGGAUUGGCCUGGCUACCAGGGGAAGACCGGCUCUUUGCCUCGGGCUCCCUCGAUGGCCGCGUGAAGGUCUGGGACGCGGAAGCUUCCUCCACUGCCCUCUCUGCAGUGUUGGAUCUGGACCUCCACAGUGAAGUGCGAGGUCUGGCGAUCGCUGAUCCCAAGUGCAGCGCGCAGCUCGCCGUGGCGCUGGGGGACUGCACCAUUCGCCUCGUUGACCUCCGCAGCGGUCGUCCGGUAAACACGCUGCAGGGCCACACCAAGCCGCCACUGGCGCUUGUCUGGGGCGAGCCUUCCCUGAGCCAGCUCUUCUCCGGAGGGAUGGAUGGCACCAUCCGGGCUUGGGAUCCCCGAAUGGGCGCUCGGAGCCUCUUCCUCUUCGAUCCCUAUGCGCACGAAGACCCACUGCCCUUGCGCCGCUGGGAUCCGGAUCCCAUAGAGCCCGGCCGCCGAGCUCCCGAGGAGUGGGAAUACACGCGCGAGCUUAGAUUCGAGCCGUAUCGCUUCAGGUCCAUGAAGAGCGUCCUGGGCACCCAUCAGCCCCGCGUCGGUUCGGCCAUGGCCCUCGGCAGCACAACCAUGCAUGCGCCUGAUGUCAGUGAGCCGAAGACCAAGCGAGACCUAGAGAAAGAGAGGCAGAGGGAGCUGUGGAAGGAGGAGGUUGAGAUCAAACGCCGCCAUGCCUUCGGACCUCGAAGGCGCGAGUUUGUCCACGAGCCGGCCAUGGCCCACCGUGGCGCCGUGCGAAGCGUUUGCUUCGCCACUGGCGACUCCUGCGACUUCUCUCGCUUGCUGUCCUGUGGCGCAGAUGGCAAGGUCCGCGCCUGGGAGCCUGGAUCGGGAGCCCCAAAGAAGGCGAAGGCGGAGUUGGCCACCCGCAAGAUGGAAGCGAGCGGAAUGUUGCUCUCGCCAGCGAAGGGCGAGGAGGAGACUUGGAGGCCAGAGAUCAACGUGGACUGCAGCACGGAGGAGCUGGGACUACAAAUGGCGGCCCUGGCCCAGCCUCAGGGCAUCUGCCUGGUGCCUGAGGAGGAGCUGAUCGCUGUCUACUGUGCCCGCUCGGGACGCUGCCUUUGUCGGCUUGCGGCGCACCGCGGCGGUCUCACAGGCCUAGAGGCUUUACACCCGCACCGCCGGGAGCUGCUAUCUGCAGGCAAGGAUGGCUUGCUCUUGUGCUGGCGCACUGGGCGUUUGGAAUCAGGCGAAGUCAUCUCGGUGGAUGACUAG